ACUGAUAUCCCCCCAUACAGUCCCCGACUCCGCGGAAUCCCCUCAUGCUCUAUCUUCUGUAGAUUGAUCUUUUGACCUCAUGUGCCCCUCAUGUCUCUCUCUCACAGAUCAUCGUCAUCUGUUGCGUCCGGAAUCGUACCUAAUUAGCACACCCUCACUUCUCCUCCACGCACCCUAGCCUCUCCACCAUGGCGCAAGAGAAGGACAUAGGCAUAGUCGGUGGUGUCACUGCUAGCCUAGGCAUCUUGAUGACCAUGGCUGCCUUUCUUGCCAUCUCCAUGUACAAUGUCGUCGAGAUCACGUUCUUGAUAUUCGCCGUCUUCAAACAACGCACAGGACUCUACUUUUGGAGCUUCUUGAUUGCAACCUUCGGCAUCGCUCCUCACGCCAUUGGCUUUGUCCUCAAGUUCUUCCAAGUCACCAAAUUGGACCUGCUGUCAAGCGCCAUCAUCGGCUUGGGCUGGGCAUGCAUGGUCAUUGGACAAUCGGUCGUCCUGUAUUCGCGUCUGCAUCUGGUUGUUCGGGAUAAGGCUCGGAUUCGGUGGGUCUUGUACAUGAUCAUCUUCACUGGUGUCGGCCUCGGCGUCCCGCUGUUUACCCUAGCCAUGGGCGCUAAUUCCAAGCAUUCCGCUCAAUUCCUCCCUGGCUUUUUGAUUUACGACAAGAUACAACUUGUCGUCAUUUCUGUCCAGGAAACAAUCAUAUCCAUGAUUUACAUCUACGAGACGGUCCUCCUGCUGGGUGGCCAUGACGGCCAGGCUCCGCGGCCCAUCAAGAAGCUCCUCAGACACCUCAUCCUCGUCAACGUCAUGGUCCUGAUCUUCGACAUUACCCUUCUUGCCGUCCAAUUCUCAGGCCACUACCAAAUCCAAACCACCUACAAGACGGCCGUGUACAGCGUCAAGCUCAAAAUCGAGUUUUCAGUCCUCAACCGCCUCGUCAGCAUCGUCAAGCACAAAGACCUCCUCAGCAACCGAAAGACGCUCGGCACCAAUUCCCUCAACCUCAGCCGAUGGACCGGCAUCAAAAAGUCGCACCCAGACACGGGCGAUGCAAACACCGGCCCUUUUACCAAGAUGGACGAGCUCAGCUUAAGAUGCCAGAGUAGGAAGGAGUCUGUAAAGACGUUUGAAGCAAGCGUGAAUCCCAUUGGAAUCUUGGUCCCGGGCGAUGGCACCACUCCGGAUUUGGAAUCGGGGACUGGCCAGUUGUUAGCGCCUGAAAAGGCAAAGUCGAUGGAACUUAUGCAACCCUUGCGAUGAUAUAUGGGGUUUGACUGAGCCUUCUUUUUUUUCUCUACUAUUACUACUACUACUAUUACCUGAUUAAAAUAAAAUUAUUUCCAAAUUGAAUGCAAAUAGUCGUUUUAA